AUGCUGGAAUCCGAUCAAUUUCGCGAGGUCUUAAACACCGACAUUCGAAGCCCCAUCCCCGAGGCCUUGGCGUCGAAAAUCACGUCUCUACCGCCGUUCAUCCCCAUACCAGGAGUAUCCAACUUCCGCGAUCUGAGCCAUGACGACAACAAGUUGCGCCCGGGGUAUGUAUAUCGCUCCGGGAACUUGUCGGACAUCAUGGACUCCGGCAAAUCGAUCAUCGCGACCGAAUUAGGCAUUACCGCCAUUUUUGACCUUCGGAAUGAAGCCGAAAGACAAAAGGCAGCAUCGCCAUCAAUCCCCGGAGUCGACACGAUAUGGAUGCCGUACGCAGGCCGACCGGCGACAUUGAAUCUCCGGGAUUUUGCGGGCGAAGACAAGGGCGCAGCAGGGUUCGUGAAGAUGUACUCGGGGAUUCUUGACGCGGCUAAACCGGGCUUCACCGAGGUAUUCACCCACAUCAGGGAUAACCCCGAUGACCCAUUCAUCUUCCAUUGUUCUGCCGGCAAGGACCGAACAGGCGUUUUAGCUGCUCUUAUUCUCCUUCUCAUUGGCCGGCCCCAGGAGGAGAUCAUUAACGACUAUAUUUUGACCCGUGUUGGCUUGGAAAGUGCCCGCGCAAAUCUUUUGGAGGCUUUUGCUAUGAAUAUGGAAACUGACGAGAUUGAUGUCAGUCAACUCAGUCCAGAGGCAUUGGGAAUGCUCGAACUGUGUGGCGUUCGCGCGACCGCAAUGGCCGCAUUCUUGAACCACUUUGAAAGUACUUUUGAGAACGGGAUUGAGGGCUAUUUGACUGAUGGGCUUGGGUUCUCGUCAACCCAUGUCGAAAUCAUGCGCAAGAAUCUGAUUUAG